AUGGAUGUUCAUCGUACCGGAAUGGGUGCUCCUCGCGAAACGAAGCGAACGCAAGCAAGGACACGCUCGGCGUACCGUCGGUACAGAGCGUUUCCAGCACCCAUCCGGAGCCCGCGGAUGGCAGAGGUAAUAUCUUCGGAUGUCUUCACAGAUCUUGGCUCGGGCAUCGGCAACGUGGCUGUGCAGGUUUACGCGAACACGCCGAUGAGGCGCGUUCGGGGAAUCGAGUUCGUGAAGGAACGGCAUAACGAUGCGGUGAGGCACGCGGAGGAGUUCAAGCGCACGCACCAGGUUGACAAGGACAAAGAGAUCCUUCUGGUGAACGGCGACGUUUGCAAGGAAGACUGGUCUGAUUCGACCAUCGUCUUCUCCUCGUCCACUUGCUUCGACGACCGCGCGAUGGAGUGUCUCCGGCGCAACUGCGAGGAGAACCCGAAGCUAAGGUACCUGGUGUCCUCGCGGGAACUCCCGCCAACAACGCUGCGACCGCUCGGGGUGUUCGAGAACCUCGACACCUCCUGGUCCAUGAAGAGUGACGUCACCUACUGGGUGUACAGCAACGUGCCAGGCGUGAAGCUGCGUGAUGCCUAG